AGCAUUAUGUGGCUGCAGUAAGGAAAUCAGAUUUCACCAGAUUACGUCAUGCUCAUCUGUGGCUCAUACCUGCUGAAGGGCUGCAGCUGAUAGACCCUGAAUGCAGCAUUUCUAGAGGGCGUGACCAACCUGCCACAACCUGGACGGGGAUACCUGAGUCAGGUUGAGACCCGCGCCCACACCCAGCAGGAUACGCUCAGAGUUUUAGCAGCAGACGGUCGUAAUUUGACUCACCUGAACAGAUCCAACCAUGAGGUGGCGCUCUUCUGGUCUUUCCCUCUUCCUUUUGCUCUCCAUCUUUGUCUUGAAGUCAGCAACUGAACUCAGGAUCUGUGCCUACAACGUGCAGAAAUUUGACUCUGCAAAAGCAUCAAACGAGAGACUGAUGCACUAUCUCAAACUGGUCCUGACUCGUUGUGAUAUCAGCCUCUUGCAGCACGUGGUGGAUCCAAACGGUCAAGCCAUUGAAAAGUUGCUGUCUAUGCUCAACAGGGGAUCUGACAGGUAUGAAGAGUACGACUACAAGGCAGUGGCCAGUGAGAGUUUGGGAAACUCUCCUGACGACAUGCAGAAGUAUGUUUUCAUCUACAGGAUGCAGACGGUGAACGUGACGGGUCAAUACCAGUACAGGAGCAAGCAGUCGUUUGUCAGAGAGCCUUUUGUGGUUGGCUUCCAAAGCAAGAAUGCAUCAAUCGACAAGUUUAUCUUGGUCCCUCUCCACAGUGAGCCCAGCAAGGCCGUCCAGGAGAUCAACAAGCUUUACGACGUCUUUGUGGAAGUCAGCAAGAAAUGGAACAACACGAAUGUGAUGUUCCUGGGAGAUUUCCAUGCCAGCUGUGCGUACGUGAAACGAAGUGACAGGAAAAACAUAAGGCUGUUCAUGAAGUCCGAGUUCUCCUGGCUGAUCAGAAACCGAGAGGACACCACUGUUACUGACGCGACCAGCUGUGCAUACGACAGGAUUGUUGUGCAUGGACAACCCUUCCUGAGGGCAAUCAAGCCAUUCUCUGCAAAAGUCUUUGAUCUCGGUGCGGAGUUCAAAAUGUCCAGGAGCCAGGUGGUGCAGCUGAGCGACCAUUACCCAGUGGAAGUGGUAUUAAAGAGCUCCGCCCUCUUCCUUCAGGCCACGCCCCUGAGCCUAACAAUUGCCUCUGUGAUCGUCCGGUCCUUCCUCUCUGCCCUGUGAUCGUCCUGGGCUCUGAAUGCUUUAUAUACUCAUUUGUCUUUUUAUUCCAAAGCCAGUUCACCUUCUAGCUGUGCCAGGAUCACUCAGGGCAGUCCGUCCUUUUAAUACGGAUUUAUUUUAUAGUCCGAGCUUUACUGCUCUUAGACCAAAGUGAAGUGACUGAGCAGUGAGGCAGCUCCAGGAACAGAAAAAUGUGCAAAAUUCAAAUAUGAGACUUUCAGGGUUUUUGGUGCUGAUUUUAAAAUAUUUUAAAUUAAGGUUUUUGCAUCAAGACAAAAGUGCAUCCAACAGUCUUGUUUGUCAUCAGGUGAAAAUGUAAUCUGAUUUUAUUUUUUAGGAGUUCUUCAUUUGUUUUCUUCUUCCUUCCAUCUUUUUCUUGAUAUGUCCCCCUCGGGUCUGUACAGAAACUGAUUUAAAUAUUUAGAAUUUCUCUGAAAAUGUUAAGAUUUUCAUUGUUUGAGAGUUUUAUAAAAUUCAGUAAAGUUUUUUUAAUAGUAAAAUAAAAAAAACAUUCUUAAGAUGUUGUUAUUUUGGACGAGCUGCCUGCAUUGAUACAGGUUCACCUGAAAACACCACAGGGAUGGAUCGAUUACUACAUGAGUUAAAGGGUUUAAAAAAAAAACACACACACACACCUACUAAGAAACACACAAGGGUCAUCAGAUAAUCAGAAAUACAUGCAGCACAGCCACAGAGAUGGAAAAUAUCUACUUUUCAAUAAAUUAUUUAAAAAGCAAAAGCAGAUGAUCCUGUUCCUCAGACAUGGUGAAUCCCCAUCCUCCUGGAGGCAGUGCAGCUGGAAUCUGUCAGAGCAAGCUGUUCCACCAACGAGGAAGACGAGCCACUUCCUCAUUGUAAAGAUCGUCCCUUGUGGUUAAGAUGUGUCACACAUGAACAAAUCCUCUUGACUUGCUGCUUAGUUGUAUAAAUUCUUGUUCAGUGAUUUAAAAAUUCUUCACCUGUUUAGUGUAAGUAUCCACAGAGUCGAGCUGACAAUAACUGGCCUCAGUGUUUCCAUCAGGAGAAGAAUUGCAGUGUAGAUCCUCCGCAGUUAAUGCAGAGAGUUUGCAUACAUAGGGGAACAAAGAUAAAUGUUCAUAUCUGCUGUUGUCUGGUCAUCGCUCUGUCGUUUUUCCUCCCGAUGAAAGCAGACAGGUGUUGGACGUUCUCUCCUGUUUUUUACCCUGAAGCGACCAUUGUUGUGAAAUGGAAUUAAAACUGAGCAGAACGUG